AUGGGCACCGGCGAGCCACGCACAGACGCUCCAGGCUCUUCAGGUUCCACGUCCAGCACGUCGUCGGAGGUGGAGCUGCAGAGGUUCUGUCAGUUCGUGCAGAGCGAUCCAGAUGCGUUCGAGCUCGCCAUCAAAAUUUUCAGGAUGCGAAUGGACAUGGCUCAGACACAGAAAGACCGAAAGUCAGCACAAGUUCCUCCUCACGAAGACCAGACAGUGAUGGCGAAACCGAGCCCGAAGACGAGGGCAAAAGCUGGCAAUACGAGAGUAAACCGCGUGAGGCCGCGGCGCUGCUCAGUGCAGCGUUGCCAGACGUUUACCAUCCAGCUGUGA